AUGAAGAAAACAACAGAGGUGAAUGAAGAAGAACAUGAACUUGAAAUUCACAAGGCUGUGGCACAAGCUUGGCAUGGCCGUUCAGGAAAUUCUAGACCCAUCAUAGAGUUUGAAGCCUAUCGAAACCGCUACAAGUACAGACCCACUCGGUUCAGGCACGAAGCGAUGAACAAGUUAUCAUCCUCCAAGGAGUCCGAGGCAGCUGCUCAUAACAAUUGGGACUUUGGGCAAUCUUUAUGGGACUCUUACGAGAUUGUGAACUUAUCAAAGCGGCUAGAGACUGGACUCAUGCUAGAAAAAUCCAUAAAUCAUGCGACGUUGGAAGAUAUGCGUCCGAAGUCGUCGUAUAAUAAGAGACGAAGAGAGAGUAAGAAUAGUUUGAGGAAUUUACUUCAUCGGAUGUCUUCUUCGAAAAGAUUUGAUGAUGCAGAUAUCCCACAUGAAGAAGAUGAUCAUGAUCAAUUUUGA